CCAUAGCGUGAGCCAUUUGGGUGCGUUCAGCGAAAAAAACCGCUCAAUGAGCGAUUAGUGGCUAUUGGUCCUUACUGUUAGAUCCUUACAUUCAGACCAAUAACGUUGACGAAUUAUUCAACAGUUGUUCAACCGUUGAAUGUCGUGAACCCAUUCUUUUCCAAAGAAGUGUGUUCUUCCGCUUUUCUUCCGUAGAGCAUUUAACUCAAUUUUUUCGACAUUUGUGAAGCAAUUCAAAUAAUAUGGGUAAGCCUAGGGGUCUUCGCACUGCUCGCAAGCACGUCAAUCACAGACGCGAACAGCGAUGGAACGAUAAGGAUUACAAAAAGGCACAUUUAGGAACCAGAUGGAAGGCCAAUCCCUUCGGUGGUGCCUCUCAUGCAAAAGGCAUCGUCUUGGAAAAAGUAGGAGUAGAAGCUAAACAACCAAAUUCAGCUAUUCGCAAGUGUGUCAGGGUGCAAUUAAUAAAAAAUGGGAAGAAGAUCACUGCUUUUGUACCAAGAGACGGCUGUCUUAAUAACAUCGAGGAGAACGAUGAAGUUUUGGUAGCGGGUUUUGGCCGUAAAGGACACGCCGUUGGUGAUAUACCAGGAGUACGAUUUAAGGUUGUAAAAGUAGCAAACGUAUCCUUGUUGGCACUCUAUAAAGAGAAAAAGGAGAGGCCCAGGUCUUAAAUCGUGAAAUUCUGAUAUAUUUAUAU